AUGCCCAAAAGGAAGUGUCCGCCAUGCGGGAGUCUGCCUACACCUCCGAUCCAGCUGGGCUCACUCGAUGCGGCCUUGGAUCUCUUGGCCUGUGAUACCUUUACCCGAUUAGAAGGAUUAACAUCGAAAUUCGAGGCUUGUGCCAAUGUCAAAUUGGAAGAAGGGGUGAUAAAGGCAAGAUGGGAAGAAGCGGUCAAAAGAUAUUGGGUAAUGAAAUCAAUGGAUGAUUUAUGCUGCACAGCGAAGAGAGCAGGGCUGAAGGAUGUUGACGGGGACAAGAUGCAAGAGGAUGAUGAUCACAUGAUAGAUGGAAGCGGUCGACCGUUACCCAAUAGACAUCAUCCUGGACCUGUCACCACGCAUUCUUUGACUCCUGAUGAGGAACGAGAUUGGCGACGUUGGAAUCCUAAAAUCGGGGAUACCGUUUUAGUGGAAACGGCUGAAGAUGGCUUCUGGCCAGGUAAAAUCAUCGACAAGAAGGUAUUCUUCCAAGGUAGAACAGUUCCUCGUGGGAACCACUUUUUUCCUGUACGAAUAUACAAUGAAGAGAUAUCUCCCGUCGUAACCGUGAAGUCACGUUUGGUUCCCCUCUCCUUUCGUUCAAGCCCACCUUUGCUCGCUUCUCCUGCUCUUCUUAGUGCAUAUCAUCAUGCCGCCUCUCCAGUCACAUUUGACAUGAUGGCAUCCGCCCGAGAAUCAUUAGAUGCACAUAACCGUACUCAUCCAGGAGUAGGAGACGAGCCAGACAGACUGCGGAUUAAAGCAGACAAAGACUCUUGGAAUAAGAUUGUCAAUUGGGUCAUGAAUGAGAGACGGAUCGAAAAGUUGAGAGCCGUCAGCGAGGAAAGGGAGAAGCAACUGAAGAUGGUAGUCAAGCCGGACGUUUUGGAGGCGCUGGGCGAAGGGUGCAAUGGAACACGGUAUGGGAAAAUGGAUGAAGCGGAGGAAAUUUCCGGUGUAUUCGAGUCCAAAAAGAGGAGAACGCUGGCUCACGAGAAUGAGGACCUCACAAACCGGCGUUCCCCCGAUGGUGUGUCAACCAGCAUUUUUGGUCCAAUCAUUGGUCCAACGACACCUCAAAGAACAGCAUCUCCCUCCUAUGCCUCGAUGCUCCGACCCACUCUAUCCGUGCAACAAAGACCUGGUUCCCCUCGACGGUCGUCUCGAGAUAUCCGUCGAACUGGGAUUUUCGUAGGCAGGGGCGAGUCAAGUCCCCGUGGUCGAGGUGGCACAUAUACCCCUCCGAGGAUUCUACCUUCGGGCGAUGAAACUGCUUUUCGAAGUACCGGAUCACCUGUGCCUACCCUUCAGAAAUUUGACUUUGUCAGUCCGCUUGGUCCGGUCAAGCUGGGUAAACUCACAGAUGAUAAGGUCUCUACGCCGUCGAUGCUGGGUAAAAUAGGGAGGAGUGGCAGCUUGGAGGUGGUGAAAGAGGAAGAAGGUGAAGAAGAGGGAUGGACUAUCGUGCAGAAGAAAGGCAAAAGGAGAGCAGGCUCUGAGCCAGCAGCUGAAAAACAGGAGAUGAACGAGGCGGUUCACGGUGAUGAGAUGAUGGAGUUGUGA